CCAAGACGUCAGAGAGUAGGCUAGAGUGAGACAGCGGCACGAUCUCGCACACUUUGUCGUUCGUUCGUUCGUUCGUCUGUCCGUCCGCUGCAAAUCUGCUUCGUCUUCUGACUGCUUGCUUCUUCUUCCUCUCCUGUUUUUUUUUUCUUUUCCUGUUGAACGGACGUCUCUGAUUCCUUGUCACAGUCAGUGCACAUCACGUCUUCGCGGCUGUGAGGUGUUGUUGGAGGUGUUGUUGGAGGUGCGGGGUUUAAUUCUCUCUGGACCUUGCCUACUGACUACUGUCUAAACGAAAUAUCCGCGGGCCCUUCUGCAUCAGAUUCUGAUGAUCCCCUAACCCGCCACCAUUCUGCCACUGCACGUGACUUGCUUACCAGUACGCCUACCUAAGAACACCUGCGACUCGUCGCUAGCUAAGAAGUACCUGUGACUUACUCCCAAGAGAACAUUUCUUUGGAUUCAAGGAAACACUUCCCCCUCCCCCAGUCCUCCAGGUGGUGUGAUUGCCAGGGAACAUCUUUGAACCCACUACAUCGCAUUUGCUUCCGGGUCGUGCCGGAAGUGCUGACGUCACAGAGCCCUGCAUGUCACGUGACUCGAGUGGGCUGGCAUGACGCGAUCACCUGGACUGCUUACAGGUGCGCUCCUCGCCCUGCUGGCUCUCACUCGCGUAAACGGCCAAUGUGAGAUGGUAGACGUGCCAGAUAUUAAAGGGGAUGACAUCAGCCAACCAACGUUCCUCCCCAGUCAUACUAUUGCGCCACCCCUAGCGCAUGCUCGGUGUCCAGCACGAAUAACCUGGACGGGAUCAACCCCUCCUUCCCGUUGAGCCUCUCCGGCUCGAGCCAAACGGACUGCGAGGAAGCCUGCAAGUCUUUCGUGGAAUGUGUGGCCUAUGUCUACAUCUUCAACCCCACCGAGUGCAAGCUGAUGACGUCAACACCCAGCACGGAGGACGGGAGUGGAAGUGUCUACGGCUUGAAGAAGAGAUGCAGCUCAGGUUCCAAGACUGUGCCAUACCCUGCCCUUCUUGUCUUUAUUACCAUGGUUGCUUGGAUCUUGCCUUGAAGCAAGGGGCGAUCACUCGCCAUUUUUGACGACGACGACGACGACGACACUGUCUCUCGUGCUUCUGAGAACUGCGUCCAGAUUGGAACGCACCUACUGUCUCCAGAUUGGACCGCAUCUACUGUCUCCAGAUUGGAACGCACAUACUGUCUCCAGAUUUCUCCAGAUUGGAAAGCACAUACACCGACCGAGUCGUCCGACAUUCCGUGAAGUUGUCACCGACAGUGCCAGCGUUUACAGAUUAUUUGCUCUUCUUGUUUUAUACAAUAUAUGUAUUUCCAAUGCACUUGUUUACAGGAUAUUUUCAUUUUUUCUUCCGUGUGAUCUAGUUGAAUAUGUGAGGUAUCGUGGUGAAAUAAGGCGCUUGUCAAGAUAAUGAGAUUGAAGGAACCGACAUUUUUGUACCUGUUGGGCAAUUUUCAUUUACAUUUUUUCCUUCUUUUUAGGGGGGGGGGGGAGGCGCUCAGCAUCAUUAAUGUUAAUUUUAAAACACAUUCCUACCUGGAUUUUAAUUAAAUAUGUUGAUUAUAAGUACACAAUAUGUAAAUUAUGUGCAGUUUCCAAGAACACUGCAGUUUUGGAAGCCACCAAAUUUUGGCGACUAUUUUCUCGCUUAAUAAUAACCUCUGACGCAAGGUGACUCCCGCCUCCUUCAGUCUAAAAAACCUUGACUUCUAGUCAAGAUAGAUGGGUUAAAAUUUU